CUCAGUUCCGCACGCCGAGCCUUUUUUUUAACAGACAUAGCUAGCCCAAAGUGAGCGCAGAGGAAGAACAGUACUACAGAGGUGAAGAUCUUACGGAGGGUUUGGUGAAGAAAUGGAGGAGCAGAGCAGAAUACUAAUCCCCAAAGUGAAGCUGGGGUCUCACGGAUUAGAGGUGUCAAAGUUAGGGUUUGGAUGUAUGGGUCUCACUGGCGUUUACAACCCUGCUGUUUCCGAAGAACUUGGUUUAUCUAUCAUCAAAGAGGCAUUCAACAGAGGCAUAACUUUCUUUGACACCUCUGAUAUAUAUGGUCCUCAUAUCAAUGAAAUAUUGAUUGGCAAGGCCUUGAAACAAUUGCCAAGGGAAAAGAUUCAACUGGCUACAAAAUUUGGUAUUGAAAAACUCGAAAAAACAACGAUGGUUGUGAAUGGUAGGCCGGAUUAUGUCCGAUCUUGCUGCGAGGCGAGUCUCAGGAGGCUUGGUGUUGAUUACAUUGAUUUAUAUUAUCAACACAGGAUUGAUAGGACUGUGCCUAUAGAGGAGACAGUUAGGGAGCUCAAGAAGUUGGUUGAGGAGGGGAAGGUGAAAUUCAUCGGUCUUUCUGAAGCCAGCCCAGAUACAAUUAGACGUGCACAUCUCAUUCACCCUAUCACAGCAGUCCAAAUGGAGUGGUCUCUCUGGACCAGAGAUAUUGAAGAAGAUGUAGUCCCACUUUGCAGAGAACUUGGAAUCAGCAUAGUUCCUUAUAGCCCUCUUGGGCGUGGAUUUUUUGGCGGGAGAGCAGUUUUAGAAAGUAUCUCGAGAGAUAGUGCAUUGAUUUCACAUCCAAGGUUCAGUGGAGAAAAUCUUGGGAAGAACAAGUUGCUAUAUCAACGUUUAGAGAGACUUGCUGCGAAGCAUCAAUGCACAACAGCUCAGCUUGCUCUAGCUUGGAUACUUCAUCAAGGAGAUGAUGUUGUUCCCAUCCCAGGUACAACUAAGAUCGAGAACCUUGACAGCAAUAUAAACUCUUUGAAGGUGAAGUUUACCAAUGAUGACUUGACGGAAAUUGCAUCAGCAAUUUCGGUUGAAGAUGUUGCUGGUUCAAGAGUCUAUGGCUUUAUGGAAGCACAUUCAUGGAGGUACGCAGAUACCCCAAAUUCUAUAAUUGCAUAAAUUUUCCUUUUGCACACAACCACCACUGCAGUGUGCGCUAUAGAGUUGUGUGUGUGUGUGUGUGAGAAAGGGAGAGAGAGAGAGAGAGAAUAAUUAGCAAAACUUGUUGCAUUUGAUUUAUAAAAGCCUUUU